UCAUCGGAUGCUGUUAGGACAAUUCGUUCUUCAGACGGAUCAAAAGCCACUCAUUUCCAUUUUUGGUUCCAAGAAACGAAUCCCGGUCUAUACAGCAAACCGAUUACAACGAUGGGCUUUGACUAUGCUGCUUUAUAAUUUUAAAAAUGAGUUCAAAUCAAAUAAGUCAUUUGGGUAUGCAUAUGUGUUAUCAAGACUCAUCAAUCAACACCGCAGAUCAGAUAUAGAGUACGAUAUUGCAAGCACUCAGCUGGAAGCUAGCAUCGCAUGUAUUCAAAUGGAAUCGCUUUCAAAUUUCCCCGUUACACAUGAAAUGAUUUCGAAUGAAACCAAGAAGGGCAAAUCUCUGCAAGAAGGUAAUCAGCAGAUUCAGAACAAUUGGUCAGAAACAACAAUUCCGGGCUUUCAACAGUCGUAGGGAAUCACUGUAAAUCGGGUGAAUGCAUCAUGUUUCUCGACAGAAUCGUCAUUCCUGAGGUUUUGCGACAAGCAGUACUGAAGCAGUUACAUGCAAGACAUCACGGAAUGGAAGCUGUGGCGUGAAGUUAUGUAUUUUGGUCAAACAUCGAUGCUGAUAUAGAAAACUAGGUUCGCAAAUGUUCCCGUUGUGCUGCUGUUUCUAAUUCUCCGGUGAAAACAACCCAUUCCGCAAACGCCAUGGUCUUGAGUUCACACACAUGGAUUAUGCUGGACCUAUUGAAGGAAAAUUCUUUUUGGUAAUAGUAGACGGUUCGGCUGAGUGGCCGGAAUCUAUUGCACAAAUUCCUCAUCUUUUAAUUGGCUCCGUAAAACAAUAAUUUGUAUUGUGCAAUGUCAAAUAAAUGUUGUGAAUGUUGGGGACAACUGGUCACCCUAACGAAGAUUGCCACCAGGGCUCUCCGUUGGCAGCUACGUCUGUCAACCGGAAGACGUCACUGUGUGCUUGUGUCAGAGCAAGUCAGUAAUGAGACACGUUUUAGUCUUUAGCGAAUAAAGUUUUAUUUUAAUUUGUACCGUGGAAAAAUUCAAUUCAAUUACUCGUAGAUAUCACCUCGUCACACGGAUACAAAAGUGGCGACGAUUCUCAGGAGUGAUCUCGUUAAAUUCGCGAGAAUUUUAUUUGUUUUCGCGUGAUAAACGCGAUCUGAAAAAAACAUAACCACGCCGCCGCCCAAGAAAAGGCGAAAACGCUCGUACAGCACCAUGACGGAUCCAGUUUCACAGCCAGGAGUUCCACCGGGAAUCAAUCCACCCGGUCAGCACAAUGGGCAGCAGCAGCCCCCGUUCGUACCACAGCAACAGCCCGGAAUGCAGCAGCAGACCCAACAGCAACGAACGGAUGCUAUCAUAAUGCAAAUUUUGCAGCAACUCCAACAACAACAGGCCGUCACCAAUCAACUCCUUCAGCAGCAGCAACAGUCCGCACAGCAGCAACACGGGUUCAUGCAGCAGCAGGGAACUCUGUUCCGCAAUGCUUUAUCGGCAAUCCAGGUGACCGUACCUCCCAAUCCGGAGGUGAUUCUGGACUCGUUGGCCGGAAAUAUCCGGGAGUUUCAGUACGAUCCAGAAAACCAAAUUACUUUCGCUACAUGGUAUGCCAGAUAUGAGGAUCUUUUUGCGAAAGACGCUGAGAGGAUCGACGAUGAAGCAAAAGUGCGAUUACUUCUCAGACGGCUGGGGACAAACGAGCACUAUAGGUACGUCAGUUACAUUCUACCUAGGGCUCCAAAGGAUUUCAGCUUCAGUGAGACGGUGUCGAAACUAAAGGGACUAUUCGGCACGAAGGAAUCCACCGUCAAGAAGCGUUAUUGCACUCUCACCGUUACCAAGGCCUCGACGGAGGAUUAUGUCUCGUUUGGCUGUAGAGUGAAUAAAAUGUGCGUCGAGUUCGAGCUAUCCAAGCUCACAGAAGAGCAUUUUAAAUGCUUAAUGUUCGUCUGCGGCUUAAAGUCGGAGAACGAUGGAGAGGUUCGUACCAGGCUGUUGACAAAAAUCGAAGACAACAAUGACGUCACCCUGGAUGCACUGAUGCAGGAAUGCCAGCGGAUGAUUAAUUUGAGAAGCGACACAGCGAUGAUUGAGGGUCCCGCCGGCCAUGUUCAAGCCAUCAAGGGGAAUUUCCAGCAUCGAAAGCAGUUUAGAAAGCGAUCUAGAGAACGUUCGAAGGCGUCAUCAAAGCAGGAAGAGGAGCGCAAGAAGCCAUCAUCGCCGUGCUGGAACUGUGGUGCGAUGCACUUUUCGAACCACUGCAGUUUCAAAGGUCACAAGUGCGUUGACUGCAAGCAAGUUGGCCACAAGGAGGGCUACUGUGCCAGCGCAAAGCGACCUUCGAAGCCAUCAAAACACCAGUCACGCCGAUUCUCCACCAAAAGCGUAACAGCAUCGGUUAGCAGCGUUGAGUGUAAGCGUCGUUAUGUGUGGGUCAAAAUCAAUGGCACCCCCGUACGACUGCAGCUUGAUACAGCGUCGGAUAUAACUAUCGUGUCCGAGCAAGUGUGGAACCGUAUCGGCCAACCAGCAGGUGUUCCAGCGACUCAGACCGCCAAGUCAGCAUCGGGUGAGCAGUUGGAUCUUGUGUGUGAAUUUGUCAGCGACGUCGAAAUCAAUGGCACGACGCACAGCGGGCGAAUUUUCGUGUCCAACCAUCCUCUGAAUCUCCUUGGCAUCGAUCUUAUCGAGAAAUUCCAGCUCUGGUCGUUACCGAUGGACAAUUUUUGCAACUUCGUCGGUGGUACCAGCAUUAGUAAGGCUUAUUUACAGAAGGCGCAUCCGAAACUGUUCAGCGACACCUUGGGGCUUUGCUCCAGAACUAAAGUUCAACUUUCGCUGAAAGAGUCAUGUAAGCCCGUUUUCCGUCCUAAGAGACCGGUUUCGUACGCUAUGCUGCCGACAGUCGACAAAGAACUCGACCGACUAGAGCGUCUGCAGAUCAUUUCACCAGUAGACUAUUCCGAGUGGGCGGCUCCAAUAGUGGUGGUGCGUAAGGCAAGUGGUAACGUUCGCAUCUGUGGGGAUUAUUCGACCGGAUUGAAUGACCGGCUCCAGUCACACCAAUAUCCCCUUCCGCUACCGCAAGACAUCAUCGCUAAGCUUUCAAAUUGCACUGUGUUUAGUCAGAUUGACUUAUCGGACGCUUUCCUUCAAAUGGAAGUGGACGAAGGCUGCCGGCAUCUGCUCACCAUUAACACCCAUCGCGGCCUGUAUCAGUACAACAGGUUGCCCCCCGGUGUCAAAGCUGCUCCGGGCGCAUUCCAGCAGCUGAUGGACACAAUGCUGGCAGGUCUUCCGUGUACCGCAGGCUACCUGGACGACGUGGUUGUGGGUGGCAAGAAUGCCGCCGAACAUCAGCGCAACCUACAUGCAGUGCUACAGCGGCUCGAGGAAUUCGGAUUCACAAUCCGGCCGGAAAAAUGUUCGUUCGGCCAACAGCAAAUCCGAUAUCUGGGUCAUCUCUUGGAUCGUCAUGGACUCAGACCAGAUCCAGCCAAGAUUCAGGUCAUAAAGGAUCUACCGCCGCCGAAAGACAUCACAGGAGUACGCUCCUUCCUGGGAGCCAUUAAUUACUACGGGAAAUAUGUUCCCAACAUGCGAGCUCUCAGGUUUCCGCUAGAUGAGCUCCUGAAAAACACAACGGCGUUCGUAUGGACGCAUGAAUGCCAGCAGGCGUUCAACAAAUUCAAGGAAAUUCUAUCGUCGGAGCUUCUUCUAGCACACUAUGAUCCAACGCAAGAAAUAAUCGUUUCAGCGGACGCCUCCUCCAUCGGUAUUGGGGCAACAAUCAGCCACAAGUAUCCAGAUGGCCACGUGAAAGUGAUUCAGCAUGCAUCUCGAGCGCUUACACAGGUUGAACAGCGCUACUCACAAAUCGACCGAGAAGGGUUAGCGAUAAUAUAUGCAGUAACGAAGUUUCACAAGUUUAUCUUCGGAAGGCGGUUUCACCUUCAAACCGAUCAUCAGCCACUGCUGAGGAUAUUCGGGUCCAAAAAAGGGAUUCCGGUCUACACAGCCAAUCGACUCCAGCGGUGGGCACUAUCGCUGCUCUCCUACGAUUUCUCUAUUGAGUAUGUUCAGACCGACAAAUUCGGUAACGCUGACAUAUUGUCCCGCCUCAUCAACCAGCACACCAAGCCUGAUGAAGACGUGAUCAUCGCAUGCACCACUUUGGAGGAAGACUUGAGGUCAGUAGCCAUCGAUAGUAGUAAUCAACUGCCUCUCAGUUUCAGCAUGGUUGAGAAAGCGACGGCGUCCGACCCGUCUCUUCGGAAAAUUCACCGUUUCAUCCGCGAUGGCUGGCCAAAAUCAAGGUUAGAAAUUAAAGAUCGAGAGUUGGCUCGGUACUACGAUCGUCAAGAAGCUCUGUCAGUCGUUCAAGGCAGCAUUAUGUUCGGGGACAGACUGGUAAUUCCGACUAUGUUCCGAAGGCGGUGCCUCAUUCAGCUCCAUAAGGGCCACCCAGGCAUACAACGGAUGAAGGCGAUCGCACGCAGCUUCGUGUAUUGGCCGGGGCUGGACGACGAGAUCGUUAGCUUCGUCAAGGGUUGUAGUCACUGCGCAUCCGCAGCGCGGUCCCCACCAAAAGCGGAACCGGAGUCGUGGCAUCCGACAACGGCUCCUUGGCAGCGGGUUCACGCCGAUUACGCGGGCCCUCUGGAUGGAGAAUUCUUCUUACUUGUCAUCGAUGCGCACACCAAGUGGCCGGAGAUAUUUCCAACUAGCAAGACGACAACGAGCGCUACUAUCCGGCUCUUGCGCAAACUGUUCGCCAACAAGGGCAUGCCAGAACUUCUCGUGACCGACAAUGGUUCGCAGUUCAAGAGUGCUCAAUUCGAUGAUUUCUGCUGCAAAAACGGCAUUCGACACACAACAACGGCCCCAUACCAUCCACAGUCGAACGGUCAGGCAGAGAGAUUCGUCGACACGUUCAAGCGGGCCGUGAAAAAAAUUCAGGAGGGAGAAGGCUCGAUCGACGAAGCAUUGGACGUUUUCCUUCUUACCUACCGCACCACACCAAACCGAAACGUCCCUGGCGGUAAGUCACCGGCAGAAGCGAUGUAUAACAGGCCGCUGCGAACAUCGCUAGACCUUCUUCGACCACCUUCAAACCUGGAACCAUCCUCAAACCGUCAGCAGACGUCCAACACGCGGUCUUUCAGUCCGAAGGCUUGCGUGUACGCGAAAAUAUACGACAACAACAAAUGGUCAUGGUUCCCUGGGACCGUAGUAGAGCGAAUCGGUUCGGUGAUGUAUAACAUCUGGGUGGACAACCGGAGACUGAUCAGAUCUCACAUUAACCAGCUCAGACAACGAGCCGAAACAGCUACAAAAGUGCAGAAACAAGGCAUACCACUCAACAUCUUGCUCGACGAAUGGAACCUGCCCGUACCAGCAUCUCAAGUUGCGGAGCUUUCGGAAGCGGAAGAGCUUGAACCCUCAAUGUCCACGCUAGUUGCUCCAUCACCUUCUACACCAACUAUUAGACCUGCAACAGUAACAUCCUCUUCGUCAUCAGCGUCGACGGCAUUCGAGUCUGCCGUUGAAAGUUCACCCACAGUUCAGCUACCUCGGCGAUCUUCACGGACCAGAAGACUGCCGCAAAGGUUUCAGGCGUACCAAAGGUACUAGGAGGGAGAUGUUGGGGACAACUGGUCACCCUAACGAAGAUUGCCACCAGGGCUCUCCGUUGGCAGCUACGUCUGUCAACCGGAAGACGUCACUGUGUGCUUGUGUCAGAGCAAGUCAGUAAUGAGACACGUUUUAGUCUUUAGCGAAUAAAGUUUUAUUUUAAUUUGUA